UAUUAUAUUCCCGGUUGAAAAUUUAAAAUAAUAUUUGUAAAUUUAAUUUUAAAUGAUUUCUGUUAAUAAUUUUAUUAGUUAUGGAUCCAACUAACUUGCUUGUUCGAUUAUAUAAAAGACAACUUGGUUAUAAUGGUUUUAGAAGGAAUAUUUUUGAUUUUUAUGUUGAAAGAUUAGAAUGUGAAUUUGAUAAUUUAACUAUUAAUCAAGAACAUAACAUUGGUAAUACAUUUGCUUGUAAAUUUAGUCGAAAUCGCAAUAAUUUACAUAUAUUAGCGUGUACAACUGAACAUGGAGAAAUAAUUAUUCAAAAUACCAUAAAAAAUUUAUCAGAAAAACAAUUAAUAAAAAGUACUCUUCAUGAUAAUGCUAUUUUUAAUUUUGCAUGGGCUGAACCUGAUAUGAAAUUAAUUACCGCCUGUGGUGACCAAACAACCAAAUUAUGUCAACUAACUCCUUCUGGACAACUCAUACAAGAAAGAGAAUUCAAUUAUAAUUCAUCUGUCAAAAGUGUCAUGUUUUGUCCAGGAAGUAAAAAUGUAUUUUGUGGUGGAUGUCAAGAUGGAUUUAUUAAAAUUUGGGACACACGUACAAAUAACAACAAUAGAGUUUUAGAUUGUGACCAUCAAAUACCUAACACACAUACUAUUCCUGGUCCUACAAUGAAAAAAAAGAAAACUAGAAAAACAGUUGGCGUUUCUUGUACUAUUUUCAAAAGUGAUCAAACUGUAAUAUCUUGUUCCAGCAUGGACCCAAAUAUAAAAGUUUGGGAUAUAAGAAGAAGUUAUCGACAAAAUAAAGGGUCAAUAGAACCAAAACCUUUGUUUUCAUACUGCCAUAAGAACAAAAAUGCUUUAGCUAACUCUGGUUAUGUAGAUAUGAUCACAAACUCAUUGUACACACAUUUGUAUGCAAGUGGUGUUGACAAUGUAAUUUAUUGUUAUCCUUUAAAUGAUGCUACAAAUACAGAUUUAAUUAGUCAAUACUCAGGACAUAAAAACGAAACUGCAUACUCUAAAAUCAGUAUAAGUAAUGAUGGUCGCUAUUUAUUUAGUGGCUGUAUUGAACAAAAGGGUGUAAUUUGGCUAACAGAUUUUCCUUAUGAGGAAAAUCCUAUGUUUAAUAUUGGACUCAUUAAUGACUCUUUAGAUACAAAUAUUGAAUUCAGUAAUUCAGAUUGGUGUGCUGAUAGUGGUUGCCUCAAAUUUGCUGCAAGUGCUGAUUCAGUACCAUUAAUUUGGUCAGCAUCAAGAUCUCAGCUUAAGAAAUCAUCGUUAAGAUUUAUGAAAACACAAGCACACAAAACAAAAAAACUAACUUCGAACAUUCUAAAAACUCAUAUUCAUUUAUUAGACUCAGAUAAAAGUCAAACAGAAGAAGAUAUGAAGGACUCUGAUUUCUGGAAUCUUGGUUCCAUAUCACACGAAGGUAAUAUACAAACAACGCCAAAAAAAAAAUUAACACAUACCAAUAAAAAAAGAACACCUACAUCGGGUAGAAAACGUAAGCAGAGUACUACUUCAUCACCAAAUGCUAUAGACCAAUAUUUAGUAAAAGAAAUGCCUUGUUGUAAAAAAGGUAAAUUAGAAGCAAUAUUUGAAAAUGAUAACUUAUAAAAGACUAAUUAUUAAGCUAUCAUUAAAAAAACUAUAAAAGUAAAUUUUAAGUUUCAAAAUUACAUAUUGUAACUGAAUUAUAAUGAUACUUUUUACUCAUUAUUAUAAUUUUUUUUAUUAAAUUAUUAUGUUUAUUUACAUAUAUUAAUUAACGCUUAUUGAUUAAGUAACUUUGAGACUGAAGUUAUUUAUAAAA